GAGGGACUUUUUUUUUUUUGUGAGAGGGACCACCUAAACAACCCCUUAGAUUUCGAUUUGAGGGUCAUAAAGUGAACUUAUUCCGGUUUUAGCCUGAUAAGGCGGCCACGGCCCACGAACUAGUCGAGUCCCCGUAAUAUAAGCAGAGGCCCUCCGCUCAAUCCCCUCAUCACCUGCCGCUGCCGCUGAAGCGAAUCGCCGCCGCCGUCCUCGAAUCGUCGACCCGGUUCGUCUUCCUCCCCGCGCGCGCGAUCCAUCUAUUACAGCCUCGAGUAAAUUUCUUGAUGUUUGGGGGCGGCCUGGGCCUGCGCGUGCUCCGAUGGGGAUUUUUUUUAGAUAUAUCCAUCUUGCGCUGCCAUUGCUUCCAAUCAGAGACCGGAUUGAUCAAUGAACAAUAUGGAGGCGGCACUACCUGAGGACUUGCUGGCCAACGUCCUUGGCCGCCUCCCACCGUGCAGCCUCGCCGUGUCACGCUGUGUCCGCAAGGACUGGCGUGCCCUCAUCGACAACCGACGCCUCCUUCGUGCUGACCUCCUCCCUCUCCGCCUCGACGCUUUCUUCUUCAAGGGCCAGAUCCUCACGUCUCACCCCUACUUCUUCUCGUCACGCUCUACGGCACGCCGGAUCGGUGGCCGCCUCGACUUCCUCGACACCUUCAAUGACGAAGAUCUACAGAUCAUGGAUCACUGCAAUGGCCUGCUCCUGUUCUUCGAGCGGCUCGCCAACCCUGCCACUCGCCAAUGGAUGCACCUGCCUACCUUCCCGAUGUCGCCAUGCGUCACGCUGGGCUUGCGCACGGGCUUCUGCCUCGUAUGAUCCCAUGGUAUCGCCGCACCACUUUGAGGUGUUUUGUGUCCCUUUGGUUCCCGAAAACAUCUUCUAUAGAAGCAGCGAUAAUUUGGACCCCGACAGCAACAGCAGCGUUGAUCAGGAGUCAUUAGAAUGGCCGUUGUCAUCGCGGUGCACAACACACGUCUUCUCGUCGAGGAAAUGGAGGUGGGAGGAGAGGUCAUUUGUCCGCCAACAAGGAGUGGAGCCUGCCAAUGAGACCAUUGCCGACCUACAAUUUCAUCCCCAGCAAUUCCAACGCCGUGCCUUAUAUUUGAAGGGAGAAAUUUAUGUGCAAUGCAAGAACAAUUCUCUUAUGAGAAUAACCCUGUCAAAUGAUAAGUACCAAAUGAUCAAAUCGCCAGUAGAGAGCAAAAUUGAUGAUGGCAACGGCGUCCUUCAGUUGGGAAAAUCAGAGAAAGGAGUCUACUUUGUGUUGCUUAUGAAGAUAAUAAUUUCCCCCAAUUUCAAGUUUGGUUGCUCAAUAAAUCUUCAUCAUGUGGUGGUCAGGUUGAGUGGGCGUUGAAGGCUAACAUCAGCCUUGAAGCAAUUAUGGAUAAUUUUCCUCUUAACACUGACAAUAGUUUCAGCAGACCAUGGAUCCUAAACUAUGUGACCGAAGAAGCAAUACGAAGGGCACAGGAGGAGGAGGAGGAACUUGAAUGGGACUUUGAAAAUGGUAUCAUCCUUGAAACCAAAGAUAAGGCGGAAGCACACCAUCUUAAUAAUAUUUAUUUUAUAGGGUUUCAUCCUUACAAAGAGAUUGCCUUCUUUUGGGUCUCAUCAUCAAGAGUGAUAUCCUAUCAUUUGAAUACCUCAAAGGUUCAAGAGUUGGGCAUCUUAUUCCAUUUACCCGGUAUAGCGCAGUCAUUUCUAUACACACCGUGCUGGAUGGAACUAUUUGAAAAUAACAAUUAGCUGCUAGCUAGUAGUUACUUUAUCAAAGUUAGCACGUAUUCAUACACAUUUAAAUAAAUAUGUUCCCUUUUAAUAUAUAUAUGUAUGAACGAUUGUUUAAUUUAAUAAUUCAUUCCUAGCUCCUUGCGUUGAUAA